GCUGACGCUAAGAACCGGAAGCGGAAGUGCGCAGCCGAAAGCUCCUCCCUCCGCUCCUCCCAGUGCCCGUCAACACCCCGCGGAGUUCGCAGCCCUGGGGCGGAAGUGGGCUUGCGGUUCCCAGGAGCAGCUUUGGGGUCCCGAUCCUGAGUAGAGGGACACAUGUGGACGGAGCGUGGAGCCGAAUGAGGGUCCGGGCGGGGGAGGGGCGUGGAGAGUCAGAGGUCAUGAAGCGGCGCCCAGCCGUUUGGAUGCAUUUAGUUGAAGGCUUUUCGCUGUGCCGAGACGCCGUCUGGUGUGGCAUCUCGGUGGGCGGGGAUGACCUCUCGUUCCUGAGCCUGACGGAGCCUCUAACUGCAGCUUUAGGGCUUUGGGGAGCCUGGGUCAAGUCCUGCGGGCAUCCCGUCCGCCCCCCUGCCUUCAUUCAGGGCUGGGCCUCGGAAGCGUUUUGCUCACCCCUUCCCUCUGCUUAUCUCGCCUGCCCCCAGGGACAUCUUGGGUGCAGACUGCAGUCAAUAAGUGAAGGAGCCUCCUGAUCCUGGCCUGGAUACCAGCACUUACCAGAAUGGAGUUCACGUUGCACGCCUACCUGCAACUGCAAAAUCUCCCAGGGGCUUCCAAGGCGAGUCAACGAGUCCCUUUCGCCGGAAGCGGAAGUGCGUGUCGGCGGGAUCAUGGCGACUUUUGCGGACUUUCCGGACUCUGUCCUGUUGGAGAUCUUCUCUUACCUCCCGGUUCGGGACAGGAUCCGCAUCUCCAGGGUCUGUCACCGCUGGAAGAGGCUGGUGGACGACCGGUGGCUGUGGCGACAUGUCGACCUGACGCUCUACACGAUGCGGCCUAAAGUCAUGUGGCACCUCCUUCGCCGGUACAUGGCAUCCCGGCUCCAUUCCCUGCGGAUGGGCGGCUACCUGUUCUCGGGCUCCCAGGCUCCCCAGCUGUCCCCCGCCCUGAUGAGGGCCCUGGGCCAGAAGUGCCCCAACCUCAAGCGCCUCUGCCUGCACGUGGCCAACCUGAGCAUGGUGCCCAUCACCAGCCUCCCCUGCACCCUGAGGACCCUGGAGCUGCACAGCUGUGAGAUCUCCAUGGCCUGGCUCCUCAAGGAGCAGGACCCCACCGUGCUGCCCCUGCUCGAGUGCAUCGUGCUGGACCGUGUCCCCGCCUUCCGCGACGAGCACCUGCAGGGCCUGACGCGCUUCCGCGCGCUGCGCUCGCUGGUGCUGGGCGGCACCUACCGGGUGACCGAGACCGGGCUGGAUAUGGGCCUGCAGGAGCUGAGCUACCUGCAGAGGCUGGAGGUGCUGGGCUGCACCCUCUCGGCCGACAGCACCCUCCUGGCCAUCAGCCGCCACCUCCGAGAUGUGCGGAAGAUCCGGCUGACCGUGCGGGGCCUCUCGGCCCCUGGCCUGUCGGUCCUGGAGGGCAUGCCGGCCCUGGAGAGUCUGUGCCUGCUGGGGCCGCUCAUCACCCCAGAAAUGCCUUCCCCGCAUGAAAUCCUCUCCUCCUGCCUCACCAUGCCCAAGCUCAGGGUCCUUGAGCUGCAGGGGCUGGGCUGGGAGGGUCAGGAGGCAGAGAGGAUCCUGUCUAAGGGGCUACCCCACUGUAUGGUCAUUGUCAGGGCCUGCCCCAAAGAGUCCAUGGACUGGUGGAUGUGACUGCACCAGCCGAGCCUGAGACCCCUCUCAGCUUUUAUUAAUGAGUCCCAGACCCUCUGAGCAGCACCUUACCAUGGGCAGGUAAUCCGGCUGGAGAGCUAUGAAGGCCACAGGUAGAGAGAACCUAAGCCUUGGCUCCUCCAUUAGAAUCAUGGUUUGCCAGCUGUGUGGCCUCUGUGACAUCAGCCAGCCUCUCGGAGGCCCUGUCCUCACCUCCAGAAAUGAGGAAGACCAUAGCUACCUCUGGGUUAUGUUGCAAAGCCUUACUCUUUACCAGCCCUGAGGCCCGAGAAGGUCCUGGAUGAAGAGCCAUUCUCAGGAACAGGACAGAUGUGGAAGGGUGGGUUAGGAGUUAGGGAGACCUGAGGGGUCAAGGCCCUUUAGGAAGCCUGGAAGGGCUGUCAACGCAUGUGCACCAGCACACUGACACAUCAUUGACACGCCGACACACCACUGACACGCCGACACACCACUGAUAGUCCUACAUGCACGCAGGAGACACGGAGAGAAGGGCAGAUACAACUCAUGCUUUGAUGUUCGAAAUGUUAAUAAAGUUUAUAAGUUGUCCUUUCAGUAUUUUGUAUUCUGUAUUUUCCAAGUUUUGCGCAAUAUAUAUUAUUUUGCUAUUAAAGAAAGAUAAUCACGUUUUUCAAAAAA